ACAAAAAGGUGAACCACUUACAAGUAAUUCUUUGUUUACAUUAUUUUCGCAUAGUCUUGUCUUACAUCUUGUGAGUUUCUGUCUCUUACUCUUAAUAUGCAAUCUAAUCUGCAUCAUGUUGUUUCUCAAUUAACCCUUCACUUACUAGUGUUCAAGUAAGUUCCAAAGAUAAUGAAAAAAGAGACAACUCACUUACCUAUUAAUACGAAUUAACUGGUAAGAUGAUUUGAGUUUUAUAUUAAGAAAUUUGUUAACUCUUGUUCUUGCCUAAAGUCUUAAUAUCAAAUGCUAAAGUGCGAUGGAAAGGAUUCCCUCAAUGAUAUUUGAUCCAACUGAUGCAGCCUGACUAUAGUGGUUAUUGACUCUGUGAUCUUAUAAUCUAUGGAGAAAAAUAAUGAUUCUUGAAAGCCCAAGAUGAGAUUGAGAAUUCGUCGUUCUCAUAUCUAUCUUAUUUUGAUAUUAGGAUUGCUCUCCAUUGGCUGGACCUUGUUCAUUCGACUUGAUAAAUUUAAAACACCACCAUUGAUUGAAGGUAACGAUCUCAGCGAGAAGUACAAAUUUAAAAGUAACCUGUCACCUACAGCUUCUGCACCAAUAUUAUUAGGAAAAAUUGAAAACGACUCCUUCAGAUGUUUUGGCUUCAAAAAAAUUGACUGCUUGAUCAAUAAUGAAUAUUCUGUUGGCUGUUACAAAACUAGCGAUGACAUGGUCUACGUACCUUUUAACUUCAUCAGGCGUUACUUCGAUAUUUAUGGAAAGUUGAUUAAAACCCCAAACAAACAAGAAAUUUUCAAUUGGGAACACAGUUACUCUAAAGUUUAUUACCCAAAAGAAGCGUAUGAUUACAAAAGCACCUAUCUCUGGUUUGACAAUUACAAUGUAGAAGUACGAGAUAGAGUUAAAUUAAUAUCUGGCCUCAAAGGUGUUCCAAUCUCAACUCAAUGGGAGCCCCGUGGUCAUUUUUAUCCGAUACAAAUCGCCCAAUUUGGUUUAAGUCAUUUCAGUAAAAGUUUAACUCUAGGAAAACCGAGGGUUACAAUCUUGGAAGACGGUUUUUUUAAACAGGAUUAUUGGCAUGUGGCUGUUAAAGGUAGCCGGAUACAAAUUCAUUCCAUGGAAGAUAAUAGUGAAAUUGAUGCCGAAACCAGCUUUCCAACUAUUGGAGAAAUGAAAAGAGCUUUCAACGAUAACAAUGACAAUAAUAAUACCGUCAAUAUCAAUAACAAAGUAUUAUUUGUUGAUGGAGAAGCUAUCACGUUCAAACUUAAAAGAAAAAAAAUGCAUAAUGACCUCACUCUAUCUUUGCGUGUCAAACCAUUGGAUAAAUUUAGUUUCACCGUGUACCUUCAAAGUGAUUCUGGUAACUACGAAUAUGCCAUUUCCUAUGCUAAUACAAAUAUUGAUUUUGAUGAAAAUGGACCAACCUAUGGUUUCGGUGAAAGUAAAGUCUGGCAUCAUUUAACUCGUGAAUUAGGAGUCGACUUCCAAAAAGCUUGCACUAUUUUGGAUAAAAAAUUACCCAUCAAAAUGAAAAAUUUACACGUGUCCAAGAUAAUCUUUAAAGGAAAAGCUCUAAUUGACGACGUUAUCCUAUCUUCUAGUGCUCAUGAAUCUCAUUUUUUCUCCGCUGUUCGUUGGUUACUUGAAAAUCAGGAUGAUUUAGGUGGUUGGCCAAUUAAAACUACUCGAAAGCUUUCUAAUGGGGCCUUAAUAUUGAAACCUGGUUGGUAUUCUGCAAUGGCUCAGGGACAAGCAAUCUCCUUGUUAACACGAAUGUACCAUUAUGUUGGUGAUGAAAUUUACCUGAAGGCAGCUACUCGUGCUCUUAGUUUAUUCAAUGUGAGCUCAGAAAAAGGAGGAUUUCGGACUUAUUUUCUGGACAAGUAUCUUUGGUUUGAAGAGUAUCCCACGAUUCCUAGCAGUUUUGUCUUGAAUGGAUUUAUUUACUCUCUGUUCGGUUUGUACGAUUUGAAGAUGAGCUGUGCUAAACAAUGUGAAACAGUCGAGGAAUAUUUCAAGAAAGGUCUUGAAUCUUUAAAACACUUGCUAUCUCUUUAUGACACUGGAUCUGGGACACUUUAUGAUUUACGGCAUUUUUCGUUAAAAACUGAACCAAAGAUUGCUCGUUGGGAUUAUCAUACAACUCAUAUCAAUCAACUUUUGUACCUUAAUACACUUCUCAAGGACCAAUAUCUAUCAACAGUAUCAAAAAGAUGGAUUGGUUAUUUAAAAGGAAAAAGAGCUGCUCACAAUUAAAAUGAAAUUUAAAACUGUAAAACUAAUGAUUUUGAAUGAUAGUCUAUGAGUUAAUACUUACUUCUCAUAAUUACAAAAAAAUAAUUGUUGUAUUUCAAAUUUUAAGAAAUAAAUGACCAAUAUUGUGAUUUGUAAAAUAAUACAAUAAAAGAAAUGUUCUCGAUCAAAUCGAACCAAAUGA